CAAGCAGCCCGCUGCCUCGUCAUUCCCCCACCGUCUCCAAAAUGCAGCCUACAUCGCGUCCCGCGUCCACCUCUACGCGUCCCACUGCCUCGCCCAACUCAAGGCCGCAGCAUCAAGUCAACACUCAGACAAAAGUCUUUGAUACCUCCCAUGGUCGACUCCUUUGUAUUGCAGACAUACGCGGUCGUCUUUCUGCCCUCAAUGACCUCGCGCGAGAGGCAAAUGCAUCUGCUAUCAUUCACACUGGAGACUUUGGGUUCUUCGAGGCCUCAAGUCUGGACAGAAUCAAUGAUAGGACCCUCCGCCACCUCACGAUGUACUCGCCGCUUAUACCAACCGCGCAGCGGAACCACCUCCUCUCACCAGAAAACCCUCCGUCGGUGCAGCUGCUCUCCGAGUUCCCGUUGCUCCUCUCCGGUCAAAUCAAACUGCAAGUCCCCGUGUACACCGUCUGGGGUGCUUGCGAGGACGUGACCGUGCUGGAGAAGUUCCGGGCUGGGCAAUACGACAUCGAGAACUUGCACGUCCUUGAUGAGGCCACGACGCGUUGCCUCGACAUCGGUGGCGUGAGGCUGCGUCUCCUCGGGCUUGGCGGGGCGCUGGUGCCACACAAGAUGUUCGACAACGGAGACGGGAUUGCGACGAUUGCGGGUGGGCAGGGCACAAUGUGGACGUCGGCGCUACAGAUUGGUGAGCUUGUGGACACAGCCCAGCGGGUGUUCGACCCCACGGAGACGCGUAUGCUCGUGACGCAUGCGAGCCCUGGGCGGGAGGGCAUCAUUCACCAGCUCGGCCUCGUGCUCAAAGCGGACCUCACGAUCUCUGCGGGGCUGCACUUCCGGUACGCGUCGUCAUACAACGAGUUCAGCGUGCAGGGCGACUUCGAGGGUCUGCGGCACAAGCUUCUCGUCGGCAAGGAGGGCUUCGACAAAGUUUGGGAGAGCGUGAAGACGCAGGUGGACGCGGUGAUUGACGAAAAUCAGCGAGUGCUGCUCGACAAGGCUCUCUCAGUUGUCGAGCGGAUACCCCCACCGACAAACCAGCCCGGGCCAAACGGGCAGUUCGCCCAGGAGGAGCCUGCAUGGAAAAAUUGCUGGAAUUGGAACCUCUGUGACGCGGCAUACGGCUCACUUAUCCUUGACAUCAAGGAUGGGCGAGUGAGUGCGGAACUGAAGAGCCAAGGUGCGCAAAUCGCUCAGACUUGUAAAUCCACUACUAACCCGGUGUCAGGGUUCAACUACGCGUAUCGCCGCACUGUAACGCCUUCAACGUCUGGACCGACCCCGGGUUCUGCUACAUCCCCGUUGACAGUAACUGGCACUGGCAGCGGCGGCGCGGCCACCCCUACGGUGGCCACCAAGGGAUCAGGCACACCCGUCCCCGAGAAGUCUGUACCGCCUCACAUGAACGCUGCGAAUAAGUCCGCAACCUCGACGCCUCCCCCGCCUAACGCGCCUAGCUCGGGCCGAGAGACGCCAAAAGACGCCAAAGCGAACGGCGGUCCGAGCCCAGCGGACAAGGCUGAGCGAGAGCGUGCAAAGAAGGAGCGGAAGAAGGAGCGGAAGCAGCAAGAGAAAGCUGAGCGAGAGGCGGCUGCCGCAGCUGGGAAGGAGAAGGAGGGCGGCAGCAAGCCCCCGACGCCGUUGCCAGAGGCAGCGAGUAGUCCGCCCCCUGCUCAGCCGAAGUCCGGCAAAGGCACGCCCGACCUCCUCGAUGGCGGCCUGACCUCGCCAGCGACCGAGAGCACCGGUGCACGGACUCCGACAAGCCGGCGACCGCCACGGAACCCCUGGACGAUCUUCAUGCGUCUGUCCGAGCCCACAGGCGAGCAGGAAAUUAUCAAAGUCACCUACCCUCAAAACUUUCCAGGACGCCAGCAGAAGAUGUGCUACGUGGAAUUCGGCGACGAAGCUGCGAUGAAGGCUGGUCUCGAGAAGCAAGGCGAAAAACUGAGGGAGUUUGUCCCGGAGCUCAAACAGGCCACAGACAAGGAGUCGCGCAAUGCAGAGAACGGCGGCCCGCCACGCGGAAUGUUCCGUGGUGGCUUCCGCGGACGGGGCGGGUACGCUGCUCGCGGUCUGUCUGCCGCAGGACUGACGAGGGGAACCGGAUUCGAAAGGAAGGGCAAUGGCGACGCACCAUCCGGCGCACCAAAGCCGUCAGAGGGGUCAUAGGCUGAUAAUGAUGAACGCUGUUACGUAUUCGUAUACCGGGCUCCUUUCCGCUACUUAGUGUCCAUGGUAAUUCGAGAACCCCUCUUUGACUAUGCACUCAUGAUUCUCUUCCUAUACCAUGUUGCCAGCGUUUCGUCUGGCUGACAUCGAUUCGUUCUUGAAGCUUUGAAGCUUAAAUGGGUUGUCACGUAUGCAGAGCCGACCAUUCGCGCAUUUCAUUCGAACUAUUUUGACAUCUGCGACCUUUGUGCAAAACCGUUUCACGGUUUCGUUUGUGUACUUCGAUCCCGGAUUAUUAGCAUCGGCUUUUGCAGAUGGUGAUUGUUCCAGGGUAUUCAGUCCCGAACGGUUUCGCAGGUAGUUCAAGUACGUUAUCUUGAAU